UGGCGCCUUUAUUUAUAACUUGUUUGUCAUGCGUUGCGACUUGCGAUGAGAAGAGAGCCAAAUCACAACGCUUCAUCGGAUUUGCCUAGAAAAUUUUCUGGUUUAUCAAUGGAGCGGACUCCUGAUGAAGUAGACGUUCCAAGGCCUCGAAGGCAUGGAGAAGAAAGGGAAGUUAUGGCUGAAUGUAGAGCAUACUUUAAGGAAGUGAAAGAUACGUUUCAUGACCAAAGGGAAAAAUAUGAUAUGUUCAUUAGGGUUAUGUCAGAUUUGAGGGCACGAAGGAUUCGUCAUUAUACUGCAUUUGCUCGAUUGAAGGAGUUGUUUAAGGGGCACAACGAAUUAAUUAUCGGAUUUAACACCUUUUUGCCACCUGGAUACAAGAUAACUCUUGAUGAUGACGUAGAAGACUCUUUUAUCUCCACCGCAAGAAACUAUUGAAAUUUUUUUUGUCAUAGUUUUAUUACUCUAAGUGAUACGAUCAAAAUCUCUAAAUUAGUCUCUCUGUUCAGUUCUUGAUGGUUUUUCGAGUACGUUUGCUUUGCCAUGUAUGUGGAAACAUUUCACUAUACAAUAAAGGUUGACCUUUUUCUAUC